AUGCCAUUAAUUUUUUUUAAUAUUUUUAUUAUCAAUAUUUCUUUUUAUUCUGUUUUCCUUUGUUUUCUUUAUUAUUUUUUUCUCUUUUUUAUUUCUCUUUUUUUAUCUCUUUUCCAUUUUUUUUCUUUUCUUUUAUUACUACUACUACUUUUUUCUGCUUCCUACUAUUAUCUUAUUUUUCUUUUAUUCUACUACUUCUUUUUUCAUACUUUUCUUUUCAUUUGUUUCUUUUUUGUGGUUUCUUCGUAUGUUUUUCUUUUUUAUUCCAUAUCUUUUGUAAAGUCCCUGUUUUUUCGUCCUUCUGUUUUCCUUUUAUUAUUCUUUAAUCAUUUUUUUUUUCUUUUUUCAUUUUUUCUUUGUCAUUAUCGACCAUUCUGUCUGUUUUUUGUAUUCUUUAUAGAUAACUUUUCAUUCUGCCGUUUAUCAAAAUUAUCACAUCUGAUUCUUUUUUUUCUUUCCCCUUUGUUUUUUUUUCAUUCUUUUCCUGUCAUUUUAUUGACACCUUUUUCGCCAUUUAUUUCCUUUUAUCAAUAUUCAUUUUCUCUUUUCCGUUUAUUGUGUCUACUUAUUUUCUUUUUUCAUUCGAUUCGUCUCUUUAUUAUCAUUAUUUUUCUUUUUUUAUUCUUUUCUUUUUUUUCCCUUUCUGCCUUUUUCAUUCUGUUUCCUUUUUAUAUUCUUCUUUACCUCAUUUCUUCUUUUUCAUUCUGUUUUCUUUUUUGUUCUUAUUUUUAUCAUUUUUUUUUCUUUUUUAACCCUAAUUCCUUUAAAUUUUUAAAAAUAUUUUUAUUCUGUUUUUCUUUUAAUUAUUCUUUUAAAUCAAAAUUGAAAAUCAUUUUUUCUUUUCAUUCUUUUCUUCUUCUAUUCAAUUUCGUCAUUCUUUCUUUUUUUUUUCAACACCCCUUUUCGUUUUUCAUUUCCUUUUUUGUGCUUUCAUCUUUUUCUUCUUUUUGGCUUUUUCUUUUCUUCAUUAUAAACUUCUUUUUUUCAUUUUCUUUCCUUUUUAUGCUUUUUAAAAUUUUUUCUUUUCUUCUUUUCCUUUUGUUUCUUUUCGUCUAUCUUUUAUUAUUCAAAACUUUUUUUCUUUUCAUUCUGUUCAUUAUUCAUGGCUUUUCCGGGUUUCUUUUUUAUUAUCAGAUCAUAGUUUUCAUUCAGAAUCUUUUUAGUAGUAGAGAUUAA